CUCUUACUCCUAUGUACUCUCCUUUUGGGAAUAUACGGCUUUGUUGCCUUACCAAGGCCUUUGCCUAAUGAACAAGUAACCUGCGUCAAGAGGGACGCCUGUACCUGUGACAUGAGCGAUGGGUCCGGAAGGGUCAGCCUCCACAGUCUGGCCAGUCCAGAGGAACCCGUCGAACUGGACAGCAACUCUUACAGAUUCCUCUACAGCCCAUGCAUUGCUAUGAAAAACGCCAAGCAGGAAUGUCGUGAGGACACGUCCGUGUGUUUAGAAGGAAGAGAGGAAGACUUCGGCUACAACUUUGGCAGCGCGUCAGAUUCCGAGUUUAUGACGGAUAAAACUGGAAACGUCACUGUGAAAUACACAUCACAUGUUGGAAAUAAAACAAGGACGGCCAAGGUCCGACUUGUGUGUGAUCCAUCCGUGACAGAGCGCCCCCUGGUGAUGUUCAAAGGCAUGACAGAAACUGCCAUGAAUGUGCCUGUCCCAGUUCAGCCAAUCGACCCGAUCUUUCAGAAUCUGGACGCAGGGCAAUGCAGUGAGUCUAUAACGCCCCCCGUCUUUGAAAAUGACGCCAAAUAUGGUGUGAAAUCAAGCGAAUGAUUUCAUGAUCAUCCUUGAUCAAACCGCACCUGCUCCACGACUCCCGGUGUCAAGCAAAAUACAUGCACAUGAUCCUGCCAAAUACAUGAC